UAAAAAAUUAUAAAAGUUGAGUGAAAUUAAUGAUUUUUUGUUGUGUGUUCUGAAGCUAGAUACAUACAUACAGCAUAUAAUAAUAUUGAUUAAUUUUUGCUGUACUUGGUCUAUGACUUUCGAUAUAUUACAAAACAUUUUUAGCUCAUUUUUUACAAAAAUCACGCUUUUGCAAAAACCGCACUAUUGCUACCAUCAAUGUGUAUACGUUAUAAAUUGUGUAGUAAAACGCACCUCCAUAGAGUUUAGGAAAUGAUUACCAUAGACAAACUAUUUGUGAUUAUAAUAAUAUAACCUAUGUUUACUAAUUUAUCAAAUUAAUUAAAAAAAAAUAAAUAAAUAAAAUGGUAGAAACAAUAGCAACAGAAUUCAAAAAUUUCGUUUCAUCACAGGAAGCUAUGAUAUCAGUUUACGUAUACCUUGAGAUAAGUGAAGUGAAAAAGUAUUAUGAUGUUGAAUACAAGUAUAACAAUGAUCUAAAGAAAAUCGUAAUUACAGGGAAAAAAAAUAAAAAUGAUAGUUUUGCAGCUUUUGUCCCCGUAAGAGUUUUUGAAAAGCUUAAUUACCUGAAAUUACAAAAGUUCAUAAAUGCUAACACAGAUCAAAUAGUAUAUAUAGCUGUAGUUCAUGCAGAUUCUACUUGUGUUUAUUAUCAAAUAACAGAUGGACUAUUAGAACAUAACGAUACAUCUUCGAAGCAAUUGAAGGAAAAUAAAAGGGAAAAAUUAGAUAGUGAAUUAAGAAAGUAUAAGAGUAUAGUAGAGGAGGCAGCUUUACAAUCACGUCUGGUUACUAUAAGUAGAAAGGAAUAGGCAAGAACCAGUUAAUUUUUUACAUGAACGUCAUUAAGUUAAGUGAUUAUAUUGUAUUUAAAAACUGACUUAUGUACAAAAAUGUGGAUUUAUUACUCUGUUAAAUAGAUGAUAUUGGUCA